CUAUGAUCGAAUCUGAUUGUGAGACCGCUUUUUAUCAAAACUUAAUGUGAUUGUUAUAAGUUAUUAACGUCUCUUUUCUCUUAAAAUAGAUGAUAGAUUAAUACUAAAGCAAGGUUUCUUUUGAAUCAGUGAAAUCAAAUAAAUUCAAUAUGUCAGACAUAUUGAAGUUAACAAAAAUCAUGAAAUGUAUGAGAAUACAAGUUUCGCAGAUUGUGUUUCGGAUAAUUGGAAGUUCAAUCGAUAACACAGUGAGUAGAGAGGAAUAGAGAUUUCGAUUGAGCCGAGUUUACAGCAUAAAGAAACGGGACUUUCAGUUUCGUCUGGACGUCCGUAAGUACAACAUCGUGAGUGUAACGGUCGAAUAGGCACGCGCGUGAAAGUUUUUGUCUUUCAAGCGCCCAGCCUCCUCCGUACGCUAAGUCAAUCGACGCGACGCGACGCAAGGAGAUACGAAGAGACGCAGACUGCGCUUAUUCUUUAAAUUGGUGCAAGUAUCGAGGUAAUCUAUAUGCAAAUUUCUUUCAUUUCAAAUAGUUAAUUACUUCUUUUUUUAUCGUUGCUUUUCAUUGCAGAUGUUUAACCAGCUGGUAAAAACACGCAUCCUAUCUUACCGUGUUAUCUGUCAUUACCAUUUGCAAUUGGUGUCCCUCCGCUUUCAAUGAUUAUUAAAAUAUUCAUAACGUAUUAAAAAUCGAUAUCGGUGUAUUUAGAAAAGUCUACCAAACGUGAAUUUAGAUAAUUACUUUAUGGUGGGUAACAAAAUAUGAAAUAACAAAUAUUUUAUUGUACAGAUUUUGGAGGAUGUUAUCAUCACUGUGGAUAAUGAAUCGCGCGUUACUAAUGGGAUCACGUACACAAUACUGACGUAAUACAUACUUUACUGUUUGUUGAAUAUGCCGACACGCUAACUGCCUUAAAGUAAUUGGUAUUUUUCUACUUUCUCUGACGAAAAGAAAAGCUAUAUUAUCCCUCUGGUCAUUUAGCAGAUUCUGGCACUGAGUUUGAUACGAAACGUGAAUCUGCAUGUAUGAAAGUUGUCCCUUGCCUGAGGCUGUUUUGCCUUUCUUGUACCAUCGAUAGAAAACUCUUACUUAUUAGUAUGUGGUAUGAAUUUCUGUUCUACAUGUAUCAAUCAAUACAUAUGUCCGUCCUACAUAAAAAUAUGGGCCAUUUAUAGGUGAACAGACUCCGCCGUUCAGACGUGAAUCAACUAAAGGAAUAAGUUGGUACAUAUACUGUAAUGGUAACGGAUUAGAGGAUCAAGUGUGUAUUCUUGAAUUAUGGGGUGACAUGUUUUCAGGAGACGGCCCUGAAUGAAUGCGAGUGAAAGUUUGCGAGUUAAAUAUUUCUUGAGACUUCUCUUCAUGGACCGUUUCUAUAUACGAGCUUCCUCUAAGUUUAUAUACCUUGAAUCUCCAUUUUUUAUGUUCAUUUUUAGACAUCAAGGGUGCAGCGAAUAAUACGUGAACAUCGGGCAGUGGGCUGUAACGACGUGAAAGUGGCCGGUUGGAAGUGGCGGAAUGCGGAGUGCUGGGCGCCUAUGACCCGUACGCUGAUCCAUGCUACUAGUACUAUUUCUUUCAAUAAGACAAAGAAAGAUGAAAUGUUAAAAGGAAAACAGGAAUUUUGAGAAUGAAUGUGUGCGGCAUUUAGCCCGCAACCGAGGAUUCUGAAAAGAGUAUGCAGCGCUGGUUACUAGCCCUAGACGAACCUGCAUCCAACCCAUGCGGUAACGAUCAUCAACCACGAUCCAUCGGGGUGAUGCUGGAAUCCGGGAAAUUUUGUUCCAGUGCCGCAAUCGCAACAGCCUUGACAGUUUCAGCCGGAAAUCAGACUAGUUUCAAUGAUGAUGGUGUAAAGUUACCUUUGCAUACGCCGAAUGAACGAUACGCUUGUAAUACGGAUAACUUGUACGCUGUACCAAGAACUGACCUACAUGAAACUGAAUGGAUACAGCCUAACUCGUUAGAGGGAGAAGUCUCCAAAUUUAUAGCUGGUUCGUCAACAACAACAACAACAACAACAACAACAACGACAACAAGAACAACAACCACCACCACGAGAAAUUAUCUAAGAAGAUGUCGAACUUCCACCAGUUCCGGCUAUUCCAGUCAUUCUCCGCCAUUAUCAGCUGGUUCUUAUUCUUGUUAUGCGUCAGCGGUUUAUGGACAGAAUUUUUUUCGAAGCGUACCUCUAACGAUGAAGGAUCAAUUCGAUGGAAGCUUAGCAGUUAUUCACGAAAGCGAGUCAAUUCCACGUCCAAUUUGGCCGUCCUCGUUUCCUAGCCCACGCGAAUUUUAUCAGAAUGAUGAAAAUCCUGAAUACGAUGCUUUGUAUACGUGUUGGGGAUGCGAUUGUACAUACACUUCCUCCUACUGCGAUUGGAAUCGUGAAAAAUCUUCAGGCACAUCCGCACACGAGGUCCUCCUUGAACUAUCUCGAACCCUAAAUUCUGUGAUAGAAGGUGAGAGUAUCGUGACACCGGAAGAGAUCUUACAAAGUAUAUCGCAUAAAGUUGCUCAAGGAAUGAAUGGAGGAAUCUACGAGUACGUUUACAACAAUUCAUCUUUCUUGCCAAGUAAAAAGUCGUUCGUGAACGAAAAUAAUUCAUGCUUGUUAAACUGUAACAAAAAUUCAUCGUCCAAGAUGAAUCCAAUUAAUUCAAAACUCUAUAGCAAUACCCGGCGUUUUUAUAUAUACAAUCCGGCAUGGUACACCUGCUUGUGUACCUGCGAACGCAAUCAUAAAUUUAUAUCGUCUUUGAAGACUGACAAACAAGUCGUAACAAAUAAUGAACUGGAAAAGAAAGAAGAUUCGACAAUGGUUUUGGUAGACGAUUAUUAUCAAGGAACGAAUUCAUGGCCAACAUUACAAAACAAUAAAAAUAUUUGCGAAUGUUUGAACCAUUCAACUCGUUAUGUUAAAACGAUACAAAAUACAUACGAGGAUCAUGUUAGAACUGAUGGGAAAAAAACAAUUAACAUCAAUGAAGGAAGCAAGCAUAAUAGGAACAAAAUUGUUCCAAGUGAGCCAGAAUAUGCAAUGCAGCUGGAGAGCGGUUAUAGUGACUCGUUAAAUGGAAAUAUAGUCUUCUCAUCCAGCAAAAAUAAUUGGGAUUAUCGUAUGCAAGGAUUCAUUGGAGAUUUAGAUUUCACUCUGGACGUUUCUCGAGCGGAACGCUUAGGGCGAACGAUUGCAAAAGCAAAGCGUAAGAGACAGUGGUGUAGAACUUUAACCGCUUUUUUUGGACUAGUCUUUUUUAUUUUAAGUGUCGUCAUUGUUUCGUUAUCUGUAACGAGAGGUCGUAAAGUAUUUGGCAGUAUAUAACAUGUAUGAAUUGUAAAACGGUACUCUUUAUUGUUAUCAUUCGAUUGAAACACUUCUCGUAACAAAAUUAUUGACCGACACUUGAUUUAUACAUAUAUUUCUUAGUACCUUAUACCGUUAAGUAAAAUUAACAGGAUUAAGAUCCUGUUAGCAAUAUAUGGCUGUGACCAUGUUCUUAGGUACGAAUAAUAAUAUCCUAUAUGUAUACCCAGAUAAAAUCAUAUUAAUUAAUAAAUAAAAUAUGCAAUGUAAAUUCAAAA